CACAACAUAUCACACAUUGUUAACGAAAUUUCUACCCGAAAGUACAAAAACAAUAAAAACGAAAAUAAUAAUUUGCAAAUAAUUAGUAUAAUUUCAAUAAAAUCAAUAUGGAUGGCUAUCGGGAUAUAACUAAUUUGGAAAGAUCGAUUGCCAAUGCUGGCACACAAUUGUAUACUGUUUCUCAUAAAUUACAUGAAGUGGAACGUAGCUUGGAUGAAACAAGCUUAGACGAAAUGGAUGACAUUUGUGUUAUGGAGCUUUUGGAAUCAAUGACCGAGGUAAAAAAUGAAUAUCAAAAUUUACGCAGGGACAUACAGGAAGUACAGCAGUUGCAGCGUGACGUCACUACAUCCAUACGCUUUCAAAUGCGUGCAAUGCAUCAAACAUUUCAAAUGCUUAAAAAACGUUUAGAGUUAAAGGUCACACAAAAUUGAGUUAUUCAGCUUUUA